GUAGAUGUGUGUGUGUGUGUGUGUGUGCUCCAGUCACACCUGGAUGCAUCAUGUGAUCAGAUACCUGGGCGUGGAGCAAGCGUUCAGUGUGUUAAUCGGUAACGGGAAUCCCGAAACCGCAGAUCUCUCGUCGCUCCGCGCGUGAGUGACAUGUGAACUUUCCGUGCACCGGGAAUCUAUCUAUUCCUCUCGAUCUAAAGGGAAUCCGUGGUGUGGACGCUGCAACCACUGCCGAGUGCUGCGGUCUCCUGAGGUGCUGCCCCAUUACCUGAGGGUAUCUGUGAGCUCUCCGGACUGACGAUUAGAGGCAUUAGUCUCGUGGCACGGCGGAUCUUACACGGGCUCAGGGAUAUCAGAGAAGUUUCCUGCACGGCUUAAUGAGAUUUUCCCACUCAUCUUCCUCUGGGGCGGCAGACUGUAAGGUAUCUUGAGAUCAACCGAUAGGAAGACAAGACGAGAACAGCCAGAAGACUCAAAUUCAGCUGGUGCCGUCUCCACCUGAGCUCUGUGUUAAUGCACCGAGUUGCUUCAAUCCUUUACAACACCGCAAACAACCUGCAGAGUCGUGGAGGUUGAACAGACAGACACCUCACUCUUAUGUCAAGCAUCAAUUAAAGCAAUUUUUGCCUUGAAACAAUGGCCACCUGGUUACCAGCGUUCUUACUGGUGCUACAAGGAACCACUGCUUUCUCUGAAGAGCCCAUACUGGCGUUUUCCACGGACACACCCAUCAAUAACGUGGCAAGAGACCCACAGUCCGGUCGCGUUUACCUGGGUGCCGUCAAUGCCAUUUAUCAGUUGAACUCUUCAUUGCACCUUGAGGCCAGAGCUGAAACAGGGCCCAAGAAAGAUGCGAGGGGAUGCACCCCUCCGGUGUCUACUUGCCAGGACCUGAAAGAUACCAACAACACCAAUAAACUCUUGCUGGUUCAUUCGGCUAAUGGGUCACUGAUAGUCUGUGGGAGUUUGUACCGAGGAAUCUGCUCUCUGCUCAACCUCACUAACGUCAAAGAGCAGAUAUACUACAGCGACAGCAAAGGGGAGCGGACCUACGCCACCAGCACUGAAGAGCACGUUUCCGUGGUGGGAGUCAUGGCCACGCUUGAAAUCGAUGAUAAACCGUUCAGCGUCUUUUUAGUCGGGAAAGGCUACGGAAGCAUGGACAGCUCCAAACUCAUCAGCACCAGAAUCGUGCAGAACUACCACGACUGGGUCGUGUUCGAGAGCAUCAUCGAGGCGUCUACGGUCCAAGCGGUUCCCUUUGUGCCCAGAUACCUGCAUGACUUCCGCUUCGCCUUCAAAAACGACAACUUCGUCUACUUCCUCUUUUCACGCACUUUCGGCGGAACGGACAACAAGAACUUUACUUUUGUUUCACGCCUCUGCGAAAACGACAAUCACUAUUAUUCGUACACGGAGCUUCAGCUUAGUUGCGGUCCGAAGAAUCGCUACAACAAAGUCCAGGCCGCGUAUUUGACCGAACCGGGGAAAGUGCUAGCACAGGCCAUAACUGAAUCCGCGGAGUAUGGGAAUGUCCGGGAGUGGGAUAAAGUCCUGUUUGUUGUAGCUAGCUCAGAGGAAGGGGCCACCGAAUCAGCUCUGUGUAUGUAUCCCCUUAAAAACAUCAACCAGAAACUCUUGGCCAUCGUUACUGCUUGUUACACAAACAAUGGCAAGAUUGACGACAGAUUAGUUGUGGAGAGUCCCUACACGUCCAGUAAAGAUGAUCCAUGUGUCAAACACGAUAAAGACAUUGUGAACCAGUAUAAGUGCGGAGCCGAUUUUCUCCCAUCUCCGUUGGCCAGUCGACAGGAGUUUGCCUUGAAGGCCAAUCCGGUCUUCGUCAGACAGAACCUGCUGACUGCAGUAGCAGUGGCUGUCGAGAACGAUCACACCAUUGCUUUUCUGGGACACAAUGGUGGAGAGGUGAUCAAGGUACAUCUGUCAAGCCAUCCGGAGGCUUACAACCCCGGCCCGGGUUACAAAACCAGCGGCUACGUAAAUAAGAACCUUUUCUUUGACAAAACCCAGGCGCACUUGUACAUCACCACCGAGAAAAAGAUCACGAAGGUGCCCGUACAGGCCUGCCAUCUGAAGUCAGACUGCCAGUCGUGCGUCGCUCAGAGAGAUCCGUACUGUGGCUGGUGUGUCCUGGAGGGAAGAUGCACCAGGAGAUCGGAGUGCAGUCGCUCGGAGGAAAAGAACGGUUGGCUGUGGAGUCCAAGGCAAGAGUGUGUGAGAGUCGUCUCUUUCCACCCGCCGAAUCUCAGCUGCUUGAAGUCCCAGCAGGUUGAGAUAAACCUCCGAUGGCUGCCGAUCCUCCGAGAUUCAGACCGGAUCCUGUGUGCCUUCGGCUCUUAUCAGAGCAACGCCAGGAUGGUGGACGGCCGAAUCAGCUGUCGCUUACCUGAGCAGCAUCUAAUACCGCCGACACCUGCGCACCAAGAUUUUGUGGCGGUUCCAGUUCAGAUCUUUGUGAACGGUAGCGUGCAGUUCGCGUCCAGCGAGUACAAGUUCUACAACUGUGCAGCGACAGUCCGGAGAGCAGAAAAUACACCAUGCACUUCCUGUGUAAGCAGCGCUUGGGGAUGUCAGUGGAACAUUGCGGCGCACACCUGCACGGAUCUGAGCGAUGCCGAAACCGGCGCCAAUAUAAUCAAACACAGACAGAACAAGAGUUGUCCGCGGUUCGAGAACCCAGAUCCCGUCCUCAUCCCGGUCGGAUACAAAACCCGGAUCAGUUUUGAGGGCAUCAAUCUGGACCCGUACCAGGGUCGUGACUUCACCAUCGGAACAGAGCUGAUGAAGUUUGAGGAAGAUGUCAAGACAGAGCCGGGACCCUUCUUCUCCUUCAGCGGAUAUAUGUUUUCCUUUGAUAAAGCUCACGAGACCAGCGUCCUGUUCCACGUGAGAGACAAACACACGGGAAAGAAGAUCGACAGCAGUCUUAGCGUCACUCUGUAUAACUGCUCUCUGGGACGUGAAGACUGCAGCCUGUGUAAGAACGCCGACCCCAAAUACCAGUGUGUGUGGUGCACGCAGUCCAGCUUGUGUGUGUACGAUCAGCUGUGUGCCUCGAAAGAGACGAAAGAGUGUCCCGACCCCCAGAUCACCGACAUCACGCCGAGGUUCGGGCCCCUGAAAGGAGGAAUAGCUGUCACUAUCAAGGGCUCGAACCUGGGCGUUCAGAAGGACGACAUUAAAAACAUCACCGUGGCCGGAGUGCCGUGCAAACACCUGCGGGAACGAUACUCCGUCUCAACCAGCGUGGUGUGUGAAAUCGGCCCGACCAAUCUGUACAAAACCGGAGAGGUGGAGAUCGAGGUGGGCAGAGGAAAGAAAGGCAUAUCCACAAAAACAGUCCACUUCACCUACAGGGACCCCGUACCUCGAAGCGUGUCUCCGAAUCGAGGUCCUAAAGCAGGAGGAACCGUCCUCACCAUCAGUGGGAUACACAUGAACACAGCUUCAAAAGAAGACCUUCGAAUCACGGUGGGCAAUGUGCCCUGCAGAGUGGAGAGCUUUGGGGAGCAGGUCACCUGUAAACUGUCUGAGUAUCUGGGCGAGACGGUCCCAUCGCCUCACCUCCCCGUCAGAGUCCAGUACGGCAAACACUUCACCACCUCCAUCGGGACGGCCUUUCAGUUCUCCAGCAACCCCUCUGUGUCCGACCAUCAUCCCAGGAGCAGCUUCAUCUGUGGUGGCAGACAGAUCCUGGUGAUGGGUUCAGGGUUUGACCUGGUCCAGAAGGCUAGCAUCAAGGUGGUGGCGUCGGCUGGAGAAUGGUCCGGUCAGGCCGUCCCAGAGGAGUUUGUAGAGGGAUCAAAGCACAAGAACGACAGCGUGAUCAUGUUCCUGUCACCUGCGGUCAACGAGUCUCAGUUCUUCAGGACUUACGUGCAGCUCGAUGACCUCCAGACGGAGCUGACGCCGUUUGAGUAUCACCCCGACCCUACGUUCGAUCACCUCAGCAAGACGGUCAUCACUGAGAACAGCAUGAUCAUCGUCACUGGCCGUGGUUUUUCUAAAGCGAUGACGGCGAAGGAGGCUCAGGCGUUUGUGGGAGACGCCCCGUGUAACGUAAACACGUUACAGGAUGAUAAAUUAUUCCUGGACCCUCCCUCAAGCACGCCCAGUGCUCGAUCCAAGAGACAGAGGAGAGACACCGGCUCCGAGCCGCUGGACCUGCUGAUUAAGUUUGGCAAUGGCGAGUGGUUGGUGGGCUCAGUCCGGUACGAGAGGAAGUACAAUCUCCCUCUUCCCAUCAUCAUCCCGGCGGUGCUCGUUCCCAUGCUGCUGAUCAUCGCCAUCUCUGUGGUCUGCUACAGGAGGAAGAGCCAGCAGGCCGAGCGCGAGUACGAGAAAGUGAAGCAUCAGCUGGAGAAUCUGGAGGAGAGUGUCCGUGACCGCUGCAAGAAAGAGUUCACAGAUCUGAUGAUUGAAAUGGAGGACCACACUAACGACAUCAGCGAGGGCCGGAUCCCGUUCCUGGACUACAAGACCUACACCGACCGCGUCUUCUUCCUGCCCUCGAAGGACGGCGCCAACGACGUCAUGAUCACCGGCAAACUGGACAUCCCAGAAUCCCGCAGGGCCACGGUCACCCAUGCGCUGAACCAGUUCUCCAACCUCCUCAACAGCAAAACUUUCCUCAUCAAUUUUAUCAGAACGCUGGAGGGCCGUCCGGAUUUUAACGCCAGGGCCAAAGUGUAUUUUGCGUCUCUGCUGACCGUGGCGCUUCACGGGAAACUGGAGUAUUACACAGACAUCAUGAGGACGCUUCUGCUGGGGCUCAUGGAGGAGUACGUUCACAGCAAGAACCCUAAACUGCUGCUGCGCCGGUCUGAAACAGUGGUGGAAAGGAUGCUGAGUAACUGGAUGUCCAUCUGUCUCUAUCAGUUCCUGAAGGACACGGCCGGAGAGCCACUCUACAAACUCUUCAGAGCCAUAAAGCACCAGAUUGAGAAGGGGCCGGUGGACGCACAGGUCAAGAAAGCCAAAUACACGCUGAACGACACUGGCCUUCUCGGAGAUGACGUGGAGUACUUUGUGCUGACGCUGCAGGUGCUGGUUCAGGGCGAGGGGCCGGACAUCACCCCCGUGAAGGUGCUGAACUGUGACAGCAUCUCUCAGGUGAAGGAGAAGAUCAUCGAGCAGGUGUACAAAAACCUGCCAUACUCUCAGAGACCCAAAGUAGACAGCGUCACCCUCGAAUGGCGUCCUGGAUCCACGGGACAGAUCCUGUCAGAUCUAGACGUGACCACGCAGAAGGAGGGCAGAUGGAGACGGAUCAAUACGCUGGCACACUAUAACGUACGUGAUAAUGCAACGGUGGUCCUUUCCAGAGUUCAGCACACACAGCAGUCGUACGACCAAAAUCAUGAUAACCAUGAAGAGAGAAACGCCCUGCUGGAGGACGAUAAAGUUUUUCACCUGGUGCGACCGGCCGAUGAGCUGGACGAGAUGAAGUCCAAGAGAGGCAGUAUAAAGGACAAAUCCAUGACCAAAGCCAUCACAGAGAUCUAUCUGACACGACUGCUCUCCGUCAAGGGGACGCUGCAGCAGUUCGUGGAUGAUUUCUUUCGCAGUGUGCUCUGUUCUGGCAUCAGCGUCCCACCGGCGGUGAAAUACUUUUUCGACUUCCUAGAUGAGCAAGCCCUUAGACACGAGAACGUAGAUGAGGAAACCAUACACAUCUGGAAGACCAACAGUUUGCCGCUGCGUUUCUGGGUAAACAUACUGAAGAACCCUCACUUCAUUUUUGACGUGCAUGUGAGCGAGGUCGUGGACGCCUCUUUGUCUGUCAUCGCUCAGACCUUCAUGGACGCGUGCACAAAAACAGAGCACAAACUCAGCCGGGAUUCUCCCAGCAACAAAUUACUCUAUGCAAAGGAGAUCUCCACCUACAAAAGGAUGGUAGACGAAUACUAUAAAGGAGUCCGGCAGAUGGUGUCAGUCAGUGACCAGGAGAUGAACACACAUCUGGCUGAAGUGUCUCGGGCACACACAGACAAACUGAACACACAAGUGGCUCUUCAUCAGCUCUACCGGUACGCCAGCAAAUACUACGAUGGGAUCAUCAUGUCUCUGGAUGAAGAUCCCGCUGCUCAGAGUAAACAGUUAACACUGAGACUGCAGCAGAUCGCCGCAACGCUGGAGAACAAAGUGACCGACCUCUAACCCUGUCCCAACCAACGCUCUCAGUGUGUAUUUAGCUCAUCACUAUAAUCAGACGUUCAAUUCCUUCCUGUGUAGAAACAAAAGGUUUUAAGAAACGUAUUCUAUAUUUUUUUUAAUGUGCAGUCUUUAUGCAGAAAGCUUUAUAAGAGGAAAAUAACUUUUUAAAUAGACGGCCUUGUUUCAGUUGUUUUUAAAGCUUCUGUGUGUGUGUGUGUGCGUGUGUGUGUGUAAAAGGAUGCCUUUAUUUUGACCAAAAGGGAGCUGACUUUGACCCUGCAGUGUGUGUGAGCAGGGGGCGUGUCUACGGUGAGGUCACAUCUGGUCUCGUCCAAUCAAAAGCAGCUGAAGGUGACAGCAGGAUAUGCAUGGGAUGUGUUCAGAGCAGCAUACUAGCAUGUUCCCCAUACUAUUUCUGCAGUAUGUACUGUUAUGUGCAGGGUCUGCGAAUUUUCUGUAUCUGUAACAUUUGCCAAAACAUGCAGCAUAAAGCUGCAGUCACAGUUCCCACUGUUCAGUAUGUUUUCACAGACAAACCUUAACACACACUGCACAAAGUACUAUUAUCCCACAAUGCAACGCACUCAUCUUGACCUCCCAUUUCCAGCGUGAUCUAAUAUCAGCUAUCAUUAUUAACAUGAACCAACAGUUGAGACACAAAUUAGUGUGUGCUGCACUGCAGUAUGCUAGUAUGUUAUUCCAAACAUGUCUGUUUAGACGAUCAAACGGCCGUCCAUUUCAUAACCACCUGUUUCCGUUCAGCCGUACGGACUGUCGAUCCACAAAUAAUCAACACAGGCAAUACGAGGUUGUCAUGAGGCAUUUCUCUUUUACCUGUGCAAAGCCUUUAUUUCAGAAAACCGUUUUAUUGUGAAAACUUUACUACUGACUGAAAUUUAUUACAUAAAGCACAAACAGUCGAUGUACAGGACAGAUUUUUGGCCAUUUCUGAAAAGAAAAAGAAAUGCCCGAAACAGGCUAUAUGCAAGAGUAUAGAUGUUUUAGCUACGCAAACUCAGUUUCAGCUUGCAGAGACCGUGUUUCUGGCCUGAGAUGGUUGAGCGAAGCUGAAAACUGUUUGCGGCUCUGUUGGAAAGGGUUUAGAUGUGUGAUCUGGAUCAUUAAUGGCUUUAUUUUGGCAGGGAGGAUAAUGACACACUCAUUUGUUUGUUAUUCGCCACUAAACAAGAUGGCACUAUAGCACUCAGCCAAAAUCCUGUUUCCACAGAGGACAAAACCAUUUACAGCUAUGUGAGGUUUGCAUUUGAUUGAGUGUCUUAAAGACAUCAAGAAGAGGCUCGAAGCUUUUCGUUUUGCAUUUAUAUAAUUGAUAGUAUUAGUUGGAGCAGAUGAGAAACGGACUCAUUUUAGAGAGCAUUGUGGACAAAAGGACAAUUUGUGCAUAUACACGACCAUUCAGAAGUUUGCGGCUGGUAGGUUUCUUAAGCUCACUAAGACUGCAUAAUAACUGAAAUAUUGUGAUAUAAUAUUACGAUUUAAAAUAACUUUUUUCUAUUUGAAUAUAUUUAAAAAAUGUAAUGUAUUCCUGUGAUUUUCAGCAUCAUUACUUCAGAUUUCAGUGUCACGUGAUCCUUCAGAAAUCGUUCUUAUAUGAUUUGGUGCUCGAGAAACAUUUCUUAUUAUUAUUAAUAUUCAAAACGGUUGUGCUGCUUCUUGUUUUUUGUGGAAAGUGUGAUACUCUUUUCUUUCUUUUUUGUGCUAAACUUAAAGUUCACUAGAACAGCAUUGAUUUGAACCAUAUUUUCUAACAUUCUAAAGGUCUUUACUGUCACUUUUGAUAAACUGAAUGCAUCCUUGCUGAAUAAAAGUAUUAAAUUCUUUGAAGAUAAAAAUUGUAGCCUGCUCACCCCAAACCUUUGAACGGUUGUGUAUAUGAUAAAACCGAGCAAUAAGGCACUAGAAUAUAGUCAAGGCUAGAGGGUUUUGUUUGGCGUUGCAAAGCAUGGCCACAAUUGAUUUCAUUAAACUGUUUCUACAAAAUAAAAAAUGUUAUAUACUUUUUACCUUCUGGCAGAAAAAAUAUAACCACUGACAUUUAUAAAAAAUGUAUUUUUUUCAGCAUUUAAAGGUACAUCAGCAUAUAAAUGGCAUAUGAUUUCAAAUCUACCCUUGCCCAUUCAUCUUUGAUUUUAGAGGGAUUGUUCACUCGUCAUCAUUUACUCACCCUUGUGUCGUUCCAAAUGUCGAACACAAAAGAAUAGGGCUGGGUUGAAAAAAAUCCUAAAUUUUCCUCAAUCUUGAUGCUUGAACAAAACUUCCCUGAACAUUAUUUGAUCAUUUGUAGCGUGCAUUCUUUCCAGUAAGUCGCAGUUAGCUUACUGAUUUGUUAAAGCUGCAGUAGGUAACUUUUGUAAAAAUAUAUUUUCUACAUAUUUGUUAAACCUGUCAUUAUGUCCUGACAGUAGAAUAUGAGACAGAUGAUCUGUGUAAAAAUCAAGCUCCUCUGGCUCCUCCCAGUGCUCCUAUUGCCAUUUGCAGAAAUUCAUCCGCUCCCAGUAAAAAAUAACCAAUCAGAGCUGCGGUCCGUAACUUUGUUUGUUUUCAAAAUGUAGAAAAAUGUAUAUAAUAAGCGAGUACACCAUGAAUCCAUUUUCCAAACCGUGUUUUUAGCUUGUCCUGAAUCACUAGGGUACACCUAUAAUAAGUGUUUAUAUUGGGACUAUUUUAGAUUGCUUCGGGGGUACCGCGGCGGAGUAACCCAGUACCUUUGUGAUUCUUCAUAGACAUAAACAGAGAGAAGUAGUUCCGGCUACGAUGUUCUUCCGCAAGACGCAAGCAGUUCUGUUUAUUAACCGCUAGAGCGUCAAAAGUUACCUACCGCAGCUUUAAAUUUGAUAAGAAAUCAAGUAUUAGCGGUCAGUUCUAUUACGAAAUAAAACAUAUCAAAAUACAAUAAGUCCUAAAAAAUAAUUUUCUGAAGAAUCUUCGCUCGUUUCCUGCCAUUAAAAAGACAAAAACAACACUUUUGAGGGUGUUCCACCCUCGUGUGGUUUUGUAACAACGUGAUGGUGAGUAACCAGUUUUCAUUUUUAGACUGAACUGUCCCUUUAAAGCAGCACAAGCACAGAUGCAAGUCUUCGUAGUCGAGUGUAAAGCGCUUCUUUUAACGCCUUUCUGUAGCCAAAUCGUGCCUUAAAAUGUGUUUAAACGUGAUGGUACGGUGUUGAGGACGUCAGGGUGGGUGGGGCUUGUAGAGGUCAGAGGUCGUGGUGUAUGUGAAGUGUGGUGUUAGACAUCAGUAAGUGCAGUAUUCAGAGGCGUGCUGUAGCCAGAAUAUGCCAAUAUAUUUGAACAUGCUGUAUGUAUAGAGCUAAAGCGCCGUUUUUAAUAUCUUCUGGGUGUUUGUGGUGAGUGUGUGUGUUUUUUAGUUUACCGCAUCGGGAAAAAUGCUCGAGCUGAAUAAAUGUGUGGAGGUCAAUGUCGAAACGUUUCUUCUGGACAGCUGCCAUUACGUUUGGUUUUUAUGCAAAACGAAUUAUCGAUUAGCACAAUUGUUUUUAUUAUCGCACCGACCCAAAAUUGUGUUUCAAUGGUGCGUAUGAACAAACAAUCUGUACACGACCUUUUCUUACUGCUGUGCAGUUAAUAUUUUAUGUCCUAGAGAAAAUAUAUGCCUUUGUAUUAAAAUGCUAAUCUGUCUACACUGUUCUCCUGUGCGUUAUGCUCUGAGAAAACUUUUUUGGUGUUGUCUGCAUUUUUGUUUUUUCUUUUACUUGUGAGUGUGGCGAGACGAGAGCAAGGUGUUCUGGGAUUGCAGAGGACUACGACUGCUCUUUCUGGACUCUCGGAGGACUGAUGUCGUAUGUGUGAACUGUGCCACCUUUGGUCCAUCAUGCCGUCUGAUCCUUAUAUGAAUAAAUAUACACAUCCCUUUCUCAA